AUGUUAAAUGAAGAAAAUGUUGAAAGAGUUGCAGUCUUAAUUAGCUGUGGAGAAAAAGAACAGUUAAUUGGAGUUCCCCAAUUAGAAAAUGGUGCUGGCAGUACAAUUGCAAAAUCUGUUUAUUCAGAACUUGGAAAGUGGGGUGCACUAUACAAGAUUCAAGCAAUGUCCUUUGACACAACUGCCGUGAAUUCUGGCCGCAUUAAAGAAAACAUCGUGUUUGCGGCUCAUGGUGCUUUUCAUCACGCAAGGACUGAAUUGAGGAGGUAUCUUAAAAGAAAUGUAGAUUUAGACAAUUUUAUGGCGGUUUUCCUUUCGAAAGAAGAAACGCUUGAUGGAAUACUUCCAAAUGAUUUUCACCAAUUAAAACAAAUGUUUUUGCUGAUCGAUGCUAAUGGAGAUGGUGUUAUUUCGUUGGAAGAGAUUGACAAUACAUCCAUAAAGGAUUACGUUGAGCGAUAUUUUACUAGUCACACGAAGCUGACGGACGACUAUACUUAUCACAUUAAUAUCAAACAUGCUGUUGAAUCAAAUUCAGACACGUUAAUUGUACUUUGUCCUGCUAAACAACACGAGUUCACCGGUCGAAACUUAAGAACAUUUUUGUUAUCAAGUGUUAUGUUGGAUGUCUCUGUUGUUGAGUAUGUUAAAUUUCUUGUCACGUAG